CCCGGAUCACUGUGCAGCAGAGGACCAAGGAACAGGGCACAAACAUGAAAGAGGGAAGUGGAGUUUCUCCCAUGUGGAAAGUGUUGCUGGUGGGGAUGUGCGUGCUGCUGCUCCUGAGCACGGCAGGUUUAGUGUUUCUGCUGUUUCGGCAGAAAGAGUUGGCAGACGAGCUGUUUAGGCUGGAGUCCCAGAUGCAGGAGCUGACAGAGAGCUGCAGGCUGCGGGCGGGAAUCCUGCCCAUCGACCCCGGAGAGGCCCGAGAGUUCAGGAAGCUCCACCGCCGCAGGAGAAACCAGGAAGAAGAUCCAAUGCAAAGCGAAGAUCAGAAGGAUAUGCUGAUGCUCAUGACAUACUCUACGGUUCCUGUCAAAGCCUUCACAGAUAUGUGCAGGAGCUCCAAAGGAAUUUGUUUAACAGGCCCACCUGGACCCCCAGGUAAACCUGGUUCACCUGGACCCCCAGGUCCACCAGGGCCAGAGGGGAGACGAGGUAGAAAAGGUCUUCCUGGUCCACCUGGUCCAUCCUGCUCCACCUGUUGUUCCAGCAGUGACAUGAAAAACAAGAUUACUGGAGGAAGUAGUCGUCAAAUUUACGCAUGGAGAGAAUCACCGACACCACGUCCAGCUGAUAACACAACUAAUGUUUUGAAUGUUAGUGGCACAAAUAUAAAAUUAGAUUUUGGUUCUUUUUAUCCAAACCACACAUCGUUUUAUGAAGAUUACAGCUACAGCACAGCAAUUCUUACAAACCCUGAAGUCAUCACAGAGGCAGCAGGAAAAUUAACAGAAUCACCAACAGAUCGUCCAGCUGCAAACACCAGAGGAGACACAAAACCAUUUAUGCACAACUUUAAUGAUACCAACACUGAAAAUGUUACAAAUGGACCAGUACAAUUAUUACCAGAUAUAAACAGUGACUCCUCUAAUGGCAGCGAAACCUUCAUUAAAGCAACUCUGAAAACUGAAUCACCAACAGCGUAUCCUCUUCAGAAACCCACCACAGAUGCUUUGAAUGUCUCUGAAUCUGAGAAACAUCUGAGCAUGAAAGUGAAAACUGAACAAGUAACAUUUGAUGACGAUGAAAGCCAGGGGACCUUGAAUGACACAGAAACUAAAGGACCAGUAAUGCUGUUAACAGAAUCACCAACAGAACAUUCACCAGAAAAAUCCAGAGGUGCUUUGAAUGUUUCUGACUCGGAGAAACUUUCAGAGGCAACAACAGAACUUGAGUCCUUAAAUUUUGAUCAAAAUGACAGCCAGGGCUCCUGGAAUGAUACAGACACUGCAAAUGUCACAGAGGGGCCAGUAAGAGUAUUAAUAGCCCCACAUGAUGCCAACAUAAAGAGUGAUACAUUUAAUGGCAGGAGAACCAUAAUUAAAACAAGCACAAUAACAGUAACACCAACACCACAUCCAGCUGAAAACACCAGAGAUGCUUUUACUGUUCCUGGUUCUAAAAAGGAUGCAGAUAAAACAAUAGAACCUGAGCUAAAAGCAGCUGAUAAAGAUGUUGCCUUCAAUGUUGCUAAACAAAAUGCUACAGAGGCAUCAGUGACACGAUUUAUAGGUUCACUUUCAGAAGAACUGGAUAAAAACAGAGACACUUUCAAUAACAGUGGAAACGUCAACGAUAAACCCAUGACAACUGAUUCUUCAAAUAAGCUCUGGUCUGAUAAUAAGAUCAGUGUGACCACCGGUGACAAAUCAACAGAAAGUGAGUGUAUUAUUAAAAACAUAAAAUGCUCAGAGAAGCCCACUGAAAUGGAAAGCACCUAUGGAGCCUGGAUGUCAGACGCGUCACAGCUGGAUGAAGAUCAGUACUGGCUGGCCGAUCAUUUUUCAGGUCGACAUUUGUGGGAAUAUCAGGACCUUUCAACAUUGCAAAACACUAAAAACACUAUAGACACCAAGAGGUUCUACCAGGGGUGUGGCCAUGUUGUUUAUAAAGGAUCAUUUUACUACCACAACGGCGGAAAAAACAGACUUAUAAAAUUUGGUCUGAAAACGAAGAGAACGCAGAUUCUGACCAUGCCAGACACCAGAUAUCACAACCUGACUUAUCUUUUUCGAAACUCAAAGACAUACUUCAAGUUUGCUGUGGAUGAAAGUGGACUGUGGGUCAUCUUUGCCUCAAACGCAGAUGACAGCACACUGGUCGCAAAGCUCGACGAUGACACAUUCUCUAUAGAGUCUGUCAUAAACACCACCUACCCGACAGCUAAAGCAGGAAAUGCUUUCAUUGUGUGUGGGGUGCUGUAUUUUACAGAUGACAAAGACAGAAGGGUGACAUAUGCCUAUGAUUUAAAGAAAGAGAGUCCUGUGGAUGCAGGUUUUGACAUAAGAUCAGGUAAUGGAAUCUUGGCUAUGCUGUCGUACUAUCCCAACAAAAAGCUUUUGUACGUGUGGGACAACAAAAGUGUGAAUACCUGCAGAGUUAAAUUCAAAAAGACCUAAAAAUAAAUAAUCAAACUCUAUGACAUCAUGCAGUUGGAUUAACAAAGCAUUGUAUGAUUUAGUUUUGUCACAAUAUACAGGUAAAUAAUUGCGCAAUUUUUCUUGUUGUGUGCUUUUCAGUUUAAUUUGUUUGUAAAAAAACAACCAAACACCAAAGACGAAUAGUAUUCAUAGCAACGUAUAUUUUUGUAUUUUUCUGUAGACAGACUUCUGUACUGAAAGUCUUAUAAUCUGGUCAAAUAAAAGGUGUGUGAGACCUCU